AAGAAAAGGAUACAUCUUAUCAUCUAAUAAUUCCAGUGUGUGGUAUUUUAAUAUUAUUUUAAAAAUAAUACAGCAUAAUAUUAAUUAAUCUGAAACUAUGUACACAAUACAGCUGUAAAAUGUCUCAACAAAAACUAUUGCUUUGACACAUUGUCAGAGAUUGUGGAUUUUUCAAUUAAAACAUUUAACAUUUUCUCCGUAGACAAAAGCAUCCACAGCGCACGUGAACGAGAACAAGUAUUACAUAGACAAACUACUCCAAAGAAACAAAAUGCAUCAGAAAGUGUGAAGUUGCGUCAGUUAACCCUGAAACGUUUAUAGAUUCACGUCUCAACGACCAGUAUUCUGCGCUGAACAAUCAUCUAAAUUUUAACCCUGUUAAUAUCAGAUCAGUGCACCAAAUUUAAACUUGUAAAUCUCAUCAAGUGUCCAGUUGACAGUGACGUUUGCUGAUUUAUUUCCUACAUUAAUCACGCAAUGUCAACCAACAUGUUUGUCCGUACUUACAACAAACUUGUAAAAAACCAACUGUCAAAAUUGUUAUCAUCGCAGCAACGAAAAUUAUCAAGUCAACAGUCGGGAAAAAAAUUCAAAGAAGUUGAAAUUAAAGUACCAUGGGGAAAACUAGCUGGUAAACAUUGGGGACCAACAGACGCACCGCCAAUAAUUGCUCUGCACGGCUGGCAAGACAAUUCGUGUUCCUUCGAUCCUCUGGCAGUUAAUCUGCCAUCAGACAUAUCUCUGAUAGCCGUCGACCUCCCCGGACACGGAUUCUCCAGCUGGAUUCCUAAAGGACUCAUGUACAACACUCUGCUCUACGUCCAAACAAUUCACCGAAUCAAAGAGUACUUCGGUAUGGAUAAAUUCGGUCUCAUAGGCCACUCUUUGGGCGGCAUGGUGACUUUCAACUACACCUCGCUCUUUCCCGACAACGUUAAGUUCGUGGUAGCCUUCGAUUACUUCAAGUACCCAUCGCUCAAUGCCGUCAAACACUUGCCGUUGUUUGCCAGGGAGUGGAACCAGUUCUUCAGUUACGAAAAACUCACGACACCUGUGCCCAGUUACCACGAAGAAGAGGCAAUAGACCGAUGGAUAAAGGCAUCGAGGAAUUCACUUGAUGAAAAAUUAUGUAAAAUAUUAAUGGAACGCGGUGUAACUAAAAAACCAGACGGUACACUUUACUUCCACCGGGAUCCACGUGUUAAAUUAUUUUUAACCGACACGGGAUACACCCACGACCACCUGAAAUUACUCGCGCGCCAAAUCCACUGUCCCUACAUGAUAAUUAAAGGAGAGAACUCAAAACACAACGAGCCCAAAGAAUUUUACUACGACGUACUAGAAGAAAUCAAGGAACAGUCCGACGAUUUUCGCUUCCAUACCGUCCCCGGGACUCAUCACUUCCACAUGAGCAAUGCGUCCACAGUCUCCGCGAUCAUGAAUCCUUUUGUAUCAAAAUACGCUUAAAUUAAUAGUGAUUAGACAAAUAUAUAUAUAUAAUUUAUUAACUUAAAUAUGAAAUUAAAUUAUUUAGAUGUUUUUACAAACUUUGUUAAGUAAACAAAAAGAAAUAUAUAUACAAAUAUUAAAUAAGUCAUCAGAA